GACGUUUAUUUGCAAGAAAUGAAAAUCAAAAAAACACAAUGUCGGAACCAUUAAUCAUUUUAAUCUAAUUAUCCACGAUAUUAAGUAAUAUAAACGGGAAUACAAAAUAAAAAACCAGUAUGCAUACAAAAACAGUUCAGAAGCGAAAAAGUGAAGGUGCCAGAAACAGUUUGAAAGAAGAAGAAUCGGAUGAAAAGGAAGAACAAAAUAACAAAAAUGAGAAUGAGCCGGCAGACGAAAAACCAAAAACCAAUAAAAAAGCAACUACAGAUUUACGAAAAUUGCUGUUUGCUAGCAUCGAUCCAAAUCAUAGACUUUUAAUGUGGUGGGAAACGGAACAUGUUAGAUAUGCAAUAAAUUACCCUCCGGUAAAAUCGCGGUUGGAGAAAGUAAUGGGAAGUCAUGUGGUUCGACUAACGGAUUAUCAGUACAUGAAAAAACUUGCAGCCAAUCUCCAUGAAGAUCAUUUAGAGCAACAGAGAACUCGUAUCGAGGGAAGAAAGUUGGCGCCUCCUUCCAUUAUUAAACGUUUAUUAGAAAUAUCUAAUAAAUCGUUAUGUGAGGUGAUAAGGGCUAACAAACGUAAUAAAAUUAAAAUGUAUAUGUGAACCGGAGUGUUAGAACUAUUCUAUUAAAUGUGAGAUAAUAUAAGAUAGAAGUUGAAUAUAACUUAUAAUUAUGUACUGGAAAUUUAAUCGCU